AACAUAACUCGAAUAGUGGCGCUGUCAGUCUCUGCGCUGCGUCCGAAAUAUAAGGUUAUGGUUAAUUUAGAACAUAGACGAGUUUUUUCACAGUUUGCAUUUCAUAUUUAUAUAACGACGAUUGUGAUAAGAAGUACGAUAACAUUAAUUGCAUAGCGAUAUUGCGCUAUAUAUCUACUGGCGUUAUCAGUGUUAUCAUCAGUUAUCGCUGUUUAAACGCUAUCUCUUGAACUCGGCGUAUGUGUGUUUUUCAACAGUAUUCGUGAGUCGCAUCAAGAGGCGAUACAAGAAAAUCAAAAUGACAUCUGGACAGGUAAAAGAAUUGGUAAAGUUAUACAAAUCAUUAGCUGCACAUCCGUCCUUAAUCGGUGCACGGAUUCUGGGCUCUGCAAAUGGUAGAUUAUCUAUACAAGGCUUAUGGACACAAAGAAAUCUAGAGAGAAAGACGGAUCAACGUUUCUUACAGAAAUAUGAUUUAAAUUCAGACUUAACUCCGAUCUCCAGUGGAUUUCCAAUUGAUGUUACCACAGAGCUCAUGUCCACUUUGACAAAAAAUGAAGAACGUAGGGCUGUAUUGCGACAAGCUAUAAUUGAUAAUUCUACAAAACAAUUUAUAGAAAUUUGGGAUAAGCAGCAUUUUGUGAAGAAUUACGAUCUAUCUGCUUUGGAUGUUCAUGGAGAUGUUUAUACAGAUAUCGAAUUUCGAUCAUUUGAGUGGUCGCCUGAUAACACCAAAGUAUUAUAUAUAGCGGAAAAGAAGCUUUCUAAAUCAGAACCAUUUUAUAAGCAAAAACCAUUAGAUAAGAAAGAUAAGGAAAAGAAAGAGGAUGAAGAAACAACAGUGGGAAAUGAGUAUAUCUAUAAACCACACUGGGGAGAACAAAUGGUAGGAAAACAUCGACCUGUUGUUGUAGUUCUUGACACAACAACAGACAACAUUACAGUUUUAUCUGGAAUACCAGAUGAACUUUCUCCUGGACAAGUGAUUUGGACAAAAGAUCAAGAUGUAGUCGGUGUUGCUUGGAAACACGAGCCACAAUAUUUAGGUCUAGUUGCAUGCACCAACAGAUAUUCCUGGAUAUUCUUAUUGAAAAAUGGAGAAUUCCGAAAGUUAUCUGAUGAAGGAUGUGCUGUACACAGUCCUAGAAUUAGCCCUGAUGGAAAUUAUCUUAUUUGGUUACAGAGGGAAGCUGGUGCUGUCCCACAUCAUAAUGCACACACGCUUAUGUUACAAGAUUUGAGAAUAAAGGAAAACCAUGGUAACCAAAUCGUGGAAAAAGUACAAAUGAGCAAAACAAUUAAUCAUAAUCGGCACUUUUAUGGAAUAUACAGUCGUUUACCUCAUAAUUGUUGGAGUGAUGACUCUCAAUACUUAUUUUUCAGUACACCUCAAAGAAACAAUAUUGUUUCAUACAUUGUUAAUAUAAAAACAAAAGAUAUUACUGAAGUAAAAAAUGAUGGAAGCAGCCUUACUAUAUUGGAUGUAAAAGGAGAUAUAAUUGCAUUUUUAAAUACAUCCUUAACACAACCUGCCAGUCUUAUGGUAGGUCGUUUUAAAAGUGAAGCAGCAAAUAUUGGCGAUAUCGCAAGAACUACAAUUACAACUCCAAUGAAAAUUAAUGAGCUUAAAGAAAUUAUAUAUGAACCUAAUGAAUAUAUUUAUAACAAUGAUGAGAGCAUAAGACAGUUUAACUUCAUUUAUUUUGGUCCAAAAAGUGGUAAAGAUAAAUCAGUUCCUUUUGUGGUUAUACCACACGGAGGCCCUCAUAGCAAUUUCACAAACGUAUUUAUAUUGGAUCACUCUUUCUUGGUAUCAGCAGGUUUUGCAAUAGUACAAGUGAAUUAUCGUGGUUCUACGGGAAUGGGCAGCGCGACUGUAGACUAUCUUCAAGGAAAAGUUGGGGACAUAGAUGUGCAGGACUGUGUAACUGCUACGCAAGAAGAUCAAAAAUAUCCUUGGCUCGAUCCAGAACGCAUAGGUCUUUGCGGUGGAUCUCAUGGUGGAUUUUUGGUAACACAUUUAAGUGGGCAAGUUCCGGAUAUGUACAAAGCAGUAGUGGCGAGAAAUCCAGUAAUCGAUAUCUCCAUCAUGUUUGGUGUAUCAGAUAUUCCUGAUUGUCGCAAUACUCUGACUAAGGAAGAAAAAAUAGCGUAUCUUCAUAAUGUGUGCAUUGUAGAGGCAGGUUUUCCUUACUUGGUUAGCGGUCCUUGGCCAGAAAACAUCGACAUGUUCGUAAAAAUGAAGAAAUGCUCGCCGAUUUCGCACAUCGAUAAAGUUAAGGCACCCACUUUAAUUUGCAUUGGAACGAAAGAUUUACGAGUACCAUCCUCUCAAGGAACAAUGUGGUAUCAUCGGCUCAAAACUAACAAAGUAAAAACUAAAAUGCUUGUAUAUGAUGACAAUCAUUCAUUAGUAACUGGACCAGCUGAGAUUGAUCACAUCAUUAAUGAUUGUUUAUGGUUACUCGAGCAUAUAUCUGUGCAUACAGAAUUCAAAGACGAGAAAUAAAUCUUCAUCGGCCAACAUUUUUUUAUAUGUUUAUACAUAUAUAUCUAUAUCUAUAAGUAUAUAUAUUUAUAAAGUAUAGAUCUAUAAGUCUUUAUUAUCACAAAUUGGAUAUUUACACAAUAAAUUGUUACGUACAUUUUAUAAAGAAGCUUAUAUAAUAUUCAAUCUCAAAAAUAUACACGCACACGUCUAGGGUCUGUAUAAUUGUUAUAAAAUUUUUACACUUUUAUAGAUACAAAAGUUGUUAUAAACAUAUCUCCGCGCAUACCUAAAUAAGAUAUAUCAUUUAUCAAAAAAUAUGCUACAAUACAGCAAGUUCAUAUAUUA